AGCACUUCCAACACAAAUAGGUUACAUAGGCCUAAGUGCCGAAGAUUCGUGGCACUACUACAGAGUGACGUAACAAAGAAAUGGCCUAGGCCUAAGGACAUUAGAUAUAUAAGAAAGGAAACCAGGAUAAACCACGCCUGAGCAUCCGCCAACCAGCCAUCCAGAAUUAAGCUGGGUACCGUGGACUUUCUAUACACGUUAGAGACGCUACAGGGUAAUAAUUUUUCUUGCGGACUCUCUGGCAAGGAUACGAAAGUACUUUGGAAAAAUCCACACACUUUACAAGAGAAAGAAAAUGGGCCCAAGCUGGGUGUAUGCGAACAUUUUACUAGCAGCAGCAUUGAUCUUGUCUUCAAAUGCAGUUGUUCUCAACGUAACGACCACGGAGGUUGAAGUAGGACAAACAGCGAAUGUGUCGAUGGAAUGCUUCAGCUCUCGUCUCCCAAGCGACGUUGCUGACGUCGCUAUUGUGAGAAUUCUAAAAUGGGAGCUGAAGGAAUGGAACAGUGUGGUAGAACGUAGGGGCAACAAUAAUAAUAUGGAAGUCAGAACCAACUCCGAAGAUGCGUUUGUUCUGACCAACUACAGCAGCUCUGGUGAUAAACAUGAAAGUUUCCUGCGGCUUACCUGGCCUUUGGCGACCAUCGACACCGUGGGAAGAUAUCGUUGUGACGUCAUCGCCUUCACUGUCCAAGAGAGCGUCAUGUGGCUGAAAAGUCAGCCGGUAUUCAUCAGCCGCAAGGAAGUGGUCACUGUCCAGAUGCUGAGCCAAGUAGUGGAGGAGAACAGGAGGGAAAGUCUUAAACAACUGCUUACUCAGAAACAAGAUAUACUAGAGAACGUGACAACGACAGUGGGGGCGCUUGAAGCGGAUUUCCAGAACACUUUAAAGACACAACAACAGGUUCUGAACCAAGCAGUGGAGGGCAUCAAGGCAGAAUGUCUUCGUCAACUCCACUCGCACAACAUGGACAUUCUGCACAACGUGACGUCAUCGGUGGAGGCGAGCGAGCGAAAACUGGUUCAUCAGUUGGCCACACAGAAGCAAGACAUGUUGGAAAAUGUAAAAGCAUCCGUAUGGGCUCUAGAGGCAAGCUUCGAGAGCAGGAUGAAGAACCAAUUACAGGUUUGGGAACUUGCCAUUAAACAAGACAUUCUGGACACCAUGACAUCAACUGUGGGGGCUAUGAAAGAGGUUUUGGAACGCAAGAUUGACGCACUGAAGAGUCAAAUGAAG